AUGGUCGUCUCGGUAUCGCCGCCAUCCAAGCACAGGAAGGCCAAGCGCUCCGGCGGGUUGCUCGCCGGAUGCCGCUCGACGGCGGCCCUCGACUCGCUGCCCCGCAACGCCCGCGGGCCCAACGCCGCCUUCAACCGACUCCAGGCCCGUGACGCCUUUGCACAGACGCCUGCCUCGUCGGCGUCGGCCCAUGAGCUGGGAGCCUUGCCACUCCACGCUCAACAAGACGACGGCGACGAGGCGAGGGACCGCUUCGGGAGCGCUGCCGCUACGACGUCGCCACCUCCGCCAACCGCCCGUCCUCCAGCGAGCAAAGUCAGGCGCUCUCUCAGCCUCAACCGCAGCUCCAGCUCCGGCGCCAACAGCGCCUUGGCCCGGCGGGCGCCACCCGUCAGCUCGUCGGACCUGCCACCCACCAGUUCCGAUCUCGACUUCGGCAGCAGUAGCAGAGGCAGAAGCGGAGGCGCUGAUACCGGGACGACAGCGACAUCACCACGGUUGCCGCCGUCUCAGAGCCUGCCAGGCCCGCAGAGCCCCGGGAGAGAGAGGUAUCAGUCCCUUCCCGGGCACUCUGCGAUCUCUUCCGACCAGCCCAACCGAUCGUCACCUUCCAGUCCGUCGAAGGGUGCAGUCGCGGCGGCGCUGGGCAGUCCCUCUCCCGGAGGGCCCGCACGCAAGCGCGUCGUCGUCAAGAGCAUGAUUGGCAAACCAACCAACUUCCAGCACACUGGCCACAUCGGAGCGGCGUCGUACGGCUCGGCCGUCUCCAGCGCAGCGUCCGAGGCGCUUCAGCUGCAGCUGUCCGAGGUGGCCGCAGCACUCAGGCUCGACGAUCCGACCCCUUCCACGGCGGCCGAACCAUCUCCGGCCGCCGCCGCAGUCGCACCGAGUGUCGAGGCUCGAGUUGCAUCGCCUUCGCCUCGGUCGCGGCCGCUGCCGGUAGCUCCGGCGCGAGCGAGCUCGAUCCAGGGCGAGUCGGCUUCGGAGCACGGCUUUGAUGGAGUUGCCAGCCCCUCCACCGCAUCCUCUCGGCCCCAGACGCCGACGAUAGACUCGUUCCGGCCCAGAUCUCCGCUAGCAGGAUCGACGACGACACCAUCCGGAUCGCGACCGAGCUCGCCCCUCGGCGUGCUGGCCUCGUCCGCCUCGCCAGGCCAGCCUGGCCUCGCAAUGAAUGCAGCGGCUGGCGCGAGGCGCCGCAAGCCUGUGCCAAAGGCGCUGCCCGAGCUCGAAUUUGAGGCGCGGCACCAGGCCUCUUCUCCAGCGCCAGCGGCGGCAGAGGUGGUGGCUAUGGCGCCCUCCGCGACCUCGCCCGAUGCUACGGACACGAUCGAAGGCUGUCCAGCAGCAUCGGAGGCGGCCCCGUCGCUGGCCACAGAGCCGGCCGCUGCAUCGGAUGCGCAGCUCGGGCGGCAGGUCUCGGUGAUGGGCAAGCUGCCGGGCGAGCGCGACUUUGCCAAGUUUGUCCAGCAGGGCUCUCCGGCGAGCCGACGGCUGAACAAGAUGUCGUCGAUCAAGAACCACCGCGGAGAUACGCUGGGCGAAGGCACGCUCAAGCGCUGGGGGCUCGCCGAGGCCUUUGCCGAAAACGGCGCCGGCGCCGCUGCGGGUGAAGAUGCGCCGACGGCCGAGGUGGAAGGCCAGGCCCCGCCUGGCUCGGGCGGUCCAUCGAAGAAGAUGGUCGAGGGUCCGGCAGGCACCUACAUCACCGACACGGCCAACGUGCGAUGGAAUUCGGCCAUGGAUGAGAUCCGCAAGGCGCUGGCCGCCGACGAAGCGGACGAAGCGGAGGACCAAGGGAUCCAGGAGGGCAUGAAGCUCGCCGACGAGGUGCUCCGGAAGCUCGGCGUCGACGAGGCCACCUGA